GAUUAAUUUAAAUCAUCCAAAGAACUGUUUGUGCGUAUUGGAGCGUCUAGGUUACGUCUCGUUUUAAAGCAGACGUGUAGUAGCGUAUUAUGCGCACUGUAUGGCGUUACAUAUUUUCUUACAAAAUGUAAUGAUAAUACGAAAUAAAUCAUCAUUGAAUUUCUAAGAACAAAAGGAACAAAAAGCCGAAAGAGUUUUGAUAGAAAAAUCUAAAAACAUAAAUUCUCUAUAAAUCAGUAAUAAAACACAAUAAUAAUUAAAUUUCAAUCAAUAAAACACGAUGCAAAGUGUUUUAAAUACAGUAAAAGGUACAGCUCUAAAUGUGGCUGAAUACUUGACGCCAGUCUUAAAGGAGUCGAAAUUUCGUGAAACUGGUGUUCUUACACCGGAAGAAUUCGUUGCUGCCGGAGAACAUUUAGUACAUCAUUGUCCUACAUGGCAGUGGGCGAUUGGUGACGAAGCUAAAGCAAAAGCCUAUUUACCCAAAGAUAGACAAUUCCUAAUUACCCGUAAUGUGCCUUGCUAUAGACGUUGCAAGCAAAUGGAAUACGUCGGCGAGGAGACCGUAGUGGAAGAGGAGUCUGGUGAUGGUGGAUGGGUGGAAACCCAUCAGCUAAAUGAAGACGGCACUUCAGCUGAGUUAGAUCAGAAAAUUUGUGAAUUGACAUUAGAUGAUAGUAAAGAAGAAAUGCGUACUCCAGAUAGUGAACAAGCUGGUGCAAUUAAUGCUGAGGUUGAUGAAGAGGAUGAUGAAGCUUUAGAUAUGGAUGAAUUUGAAGAAAGUGGAAUGUUAGAUUUGGUGGAUCCGGCUUUAGCCACUACAAUGCGUGAAUUGGAAAAAUCGGAAAACAGUAAAGUGAAAGGAGAUAAUACUGCAGACUCAGGAGAUUCCGUUCUACAUACGCGUACCUAUGAUUUGCAUAUAACAUAUGAUAAAUAUUAUCAGACACCACGUCUUUGGGUUAUUGGCUAUGAUGAGAAUCGUAAACCUUUAACUGUGGAACAAAUGUAUGAAGACGUUUCUCAGGAUCAUGCAAAGAAGACUGUCACUAUGGAAAGUCAUCCCCAUCUGCCAGGACCAAAUAUGGCGUCAGUUCAUCCUUGCCGACACGCUGAUAUUAUGAAAAAAAUCAUACAAACGGUUGAAGAAGGUGGCGGCGAAUUGGGUGUGCAUUUAUAUUUGAUUAUAUUUUUAAAAUUCGUACAAACUGUUAUACCAACAAUUGAAUACGAUUUUACACAAAAUUUCAAUUUAUCCUAAAUUUAACGGAGCAAUUGGGCAAUUUACGGAUAUUUGAAGAAUGCGCUUUAAGAGGCAAAAUUAAACUUAGUUUCAAACAAUCUCUACAUUUGUAUAUGAAAUUAAAGCUUGUUUACUUUAGCAGUGUAUUUGUGUUUAAUGUGAAUUAUUGUAUUUUAUGGAAUUGUUUUAAUAAUAAAGAGUUGAUACAGAUACCAUCUCUGGCUGAGUUAGCAAAUGAAAGCACAUUAA